AUGGAGGAGACGUCAUGUUCUCAUAAUAAGCGGAGAUCUGAUCCUCGGAACAUCAAACGCCUCUCGGGCUCCCUGCAGUGUUUGGCUUUUCCCCUACCUUCAUUUUCUCUUCAAUACGUUCGUUUCAGGAAUAAAAAUUUCCGGGUAGCUCGGCGAUGCAGACUGGAUCCAUCGUUUCCCGAAUUCAGAGAGUCCGACGCAUCCUCGCUGGAAAUAAUUAAAUCCCCACAAUCAUUAGAACCGCCACCCCGUCUUACAAACGGAUUGGAGAAAGACAGGCGCUCCGAAGACACUCCACACAAUGGCACAUUAGAUGCGUCGGCUGGUGCCUCGCAAGAUAUAGACAACGCCAUCGCAGAUAUUGGUGGCAAUAGUUUAGAAUUGGGGAACAAAUUGCGCACAUUACCUGCAUGGAUUCGAUCUUACGAAGCUGCGAACGAUGAAGCCGAGGCGUCGGCUACAGCAAGACUCCUACCCCCGCAACCCGAGACUGGCUUAGGCCCACGUCGCGAAUCCCGGUGGAAAUCUUUCUCAAAGGCAAUCGCCUAUCCCCUAGAACCUGGCCUUGAAGAGAAGCUGGUAACGCCUGAAUGGCUGAAUCAGAACCAUACGGACUUCUCGCAGCCAUGGCGAGGGCAAUUGGAGCCGAGUGAAGAUACCGAGGAUCCUCUCAAAAUGAAACGACGCAGACAGAUCUGGUUCAAGCGCUUCCACCGCACUUUGUUGAAGAGCCCUAUAGUACCUCUGAUCUUUCGGCUCACCAUCUGGUGCUUCUCUCUUACUGCCCUUGCCCUUGGAGGAUCUAUACAGCAUCUCUCAGACAAGUACCAACACCCUCAAGGUCCGUCCGCCUUGAUGGCUAUUAUUGUGGAUGCAGUCGCGCUCGUCUAUCUAAUCUACAUCACAUGGGACGAAUACACUGCCAAACCACUAGGGCUACGCUCUCCGGCUGCCAAGGCCCGACUGAUUCUCCUGGAUAUAUUUUUUAUAGUGUUCGACUCAGCGAACCUAAGUAUAGCAUUCGAAUCAUUGUCCACGGUCAGUGGCGCGUGUACGCUGGCAGAGAUCAAUCAGCAGAUUUCCAAGAAGAAUAAUGCAAUAUGUGACAGGCAAAUAGCCCUUGCCUGCGUCCUGCUGGUUGCUCUGUUGGCUUGGCUCAUAACAUUUUCAAUAAGUGUUCUUAGGUAUGACACACCUUAUUCUAAUAAAUGCGCAGUGUUAACGGUCUUUCUUGAUAACAGACUCGUUGAGCGGGUUGCCCAGUGA